AUGGAAAAGACGCCACGUCCUCCGCGAAAACAAAAUUCAAGCUGUGACGGCUGCCGGGCCUCAAGGAUCCGUUGCGAUGCUGUGCACAAGCGAGAAGGAGGAGGGGCCGCCGUUGUUGGCGGCCUUCGCGAUCGCAGAUGCACCAACUGCGCCCGGAAAGAGCGGCCCUGCACUUUCAAGUGGCUUCAGGUCACGAAGCGGCGUCGACGUGCGAGCUCGGCGUUUUCUGUCGACAGCGUUGAGAACGGAGAAGACACAGUGCAUCCGCCAUUCGAGCACGAGGGGGAUACACAUAAAGGCGGACGGUCUGUAUUUCUGAGCCGAGAAACAUCAUCCUCAAGAUCCACCGCGUCCUCAAGAGUUGCCCGCGCGUUCAACCUACGUGAGGAUUCGAUCGAAGCCUCCAUGUGGCACAUCUUCUCCUCGAUCUUUGAGACCGCACUCGGCGUAUGGCUCGGCAGUGGCUGCUGUCCAUACCCGGGUCUUCCAGAUAAGUCGUUAAUGAGAAUGGAUGGACCCAUAGGGCUCGAGAACAAUCAUUUCCAGACUGUUUUCCCAGCCCCAGGAAAUGUCUGUGUCAAAGCAGACACGGUGGUCAACCAGGCGUUGAACGUAGCCGUCCACGCAUUCAGUGUCCGGUGGCUCCCUCUCAUUGCCGGUACUACCGUUUCAGUGGAGAGGCUGAACGACCUGGCCAGCAAGCUUUGGCAGGACGCACGAUCUAAAAUCCUCCUCAUCUUGCAGAGACGUUGCUACAGAUCGAUACUGGCACUGUAUAUCUUUGGAAUGACUCCCAUGCCACCGGGUCUCGAGGAACAAGAGCUCGCAAACGGGAAUAUUGGUGAAGUGUGCAUUGACAUUGCGAUGCGGCAGCUCCAGAGUGUCCGGGCAAGACGUAGACAGGUCAACCGCUCCGAGUCCGCUGCUAUCACAACCAAGCCCGCGCUCACAGGAGCAGGAGCAAUAGCGGGACCAGCAGUCGACCUCUCUGAUACAGUUGACGAGGGCUACGAACUCCGGGAGACCAUCGCACACUGGGCUGGUUUCGUCUUUGAUACUUCGGCGUCCUUGACCACUGGUCUACCGUCGAUUCUCCACGCAAGCCUCCUUGGCUUCGAACAAGAGGGUACAGUGCAGCUCCUACAAAGAACCGCGCAAGAAUUUCACGACAAGACGGAGUCGUGGCGACUCAACGGCUUCGAGGUGACCAAUCAACGCGCGAUCUGGAUAGUUCAGUCGGCCAGCGGUUGUAAAGGGUUGUUCUGGAAAGCGGUCGCCUCGCUCCGCGAAGCGUUCAAUUACCGCCAUGAGCCACACCUCGUUGUCCGUGCACAGACUGCCGUUGUCCAAUGCAUGCACAGAUACGACGUCACAUAUGCUCCGCUGCUCGCUGCGUGUAAGCGAGCAUUGCUGUUCCUCGACUUCGAGGCCCAGCUCAACUGGUACCUUCUCGCUCUUCAUUAUCACCUGGGACUACUGAUCCUGUACGACACCCUGAAUGUCUUUGACAGGCGAGAUUUGAUAUCGAACUUGGGCAUCUCGCAAUGGGCUGCAGUACAAGAGACCAUCAAUAUCAUCUCGCUGGGAAUGCAAUGUAAAGUCUCUCUUCAAACCGUAUUUGGCUCGACGGUAGGGUCACGUCGCAACGACAUGGUGUGCCUCCUCAGCAUUGACCCCUACCCACACCAUGUGGCCACAGCUUUGAGGCUGGUGUCGGAUUUCUUGAAGAAACACUCUAGCUCCAGUGAGGUUUGCCCGAGCUCUGAAGCCCUCACCCAGAUCCGACAUAUUGCAACCAUGGCGUUUGACCAACUGCCACAAUGCUCCGCCUCUCUCCAGUCUUCUCGAAAGAGCAUCUCUGCAGAUCUGAAUGACGUCCAACAGCUCCAAGAAUCGCGCGCUCCUGAUACUCACGAAGCACCCAAGAGCAAUACCAAACAGGCUCAUGUACAACCCGGAGACCCUAGUGUACUUGAUUUGCGCGAGGAAUAUUUCCAGGUCAUCGACGGGCUUGACAUCGAAGCAGAGGCAGAAACCGGAACUGAACCCGCGUACCACGUCACGGACAAUUUUGCGAGGGAUGAAAACUUGACGAGCUCUGUCCUCCUCGACCAACAAUGGGACUGGACAUCGAGUGACGAGAGUCCAUUGAGUUUUGAAAUCCCCACGGGGGAUAUGUUUUUGACUGAUCACGGCCUGUUCGAACUUGACAGGGAGUCUGCAUCGGAUCCUGGCGCGCCGGCGUUAUUCCUGCUCGUGGAGCUGGUCGACUGGUUCUUGGAUGUGACGGGAGAGGAUCUUUUUGAUGAUGAUGACGACGACGAUGAUGAUGUCGAAGAUGAAGUUGAAGAUGUCUGGAAAAGACUGGCUGGUGUAUUGGGUGUUGUGUUCAUGGAGAGCACUGAUUUGCGGGCGAAGAAAGCCGAUGCCAUUGUGUACUAG